AUGGUUGCGGAUUCAAAGACAUCACGCUCAACCAUUUGUUGGCGUUGCGGAACGGAAUUCAACAAUCGGACCGCUAAAAAUGGGGUUUGCUGCAAGUUAUGCAAGCGGAGUUUUCACCGGAAGUGCUACCUGGCUGAAACUGGGAUUAAGAAGAAUGAAACAAGGGCUUGUGUUUGCUGUCUCAGUGGAAUUUUGAGGAUGCCCUAUUCUUCGCGUAUUCAACAAAAUCCAAUGGCCACAAAGUUUCUUCGUAAUGGCUAUUGCGUGAUUUCACUGGCUACUUGUGCUAGUGAGAAGAAGAAUAUCUUAGAAACACUGGAAAAAUAUCGGGAUAAUGCGGAUCGCUAUUUCAAAGCUUUUAUGCGUGCUUAUGAGGCAAAAUUAGAGUUUUCUACCAAGGCACCUACUCUUGAAAGUGGUUUUUCCAAUUUCAGAGAGAGGGGCUCUGGUAGGUUUGAAAUGAUUUCAAGCGAAAUUGAAAACGAGGUACUCAGUGUAUUGGAAAAUUGUGAUGAGAUUCAUAAUACGCUAGAACUGCUUCUGACUUCAGCAAACAGUAGGGUACGGGUGAAGGAGAGAUUGAUGUCAACUGGAUGUUUUUAUUCCCUUCCUGGGAGUUCGAAGCAGCGGAUUCAUACAGACGGGCCACCUUUGAGCUCGGUAUUGGAUUUGUUUCCUUACGCUAUAAAUGUUUUUAUUCCUCUUGUUCCUGUGGACAAAAGAAAUGGGACAGAAUUCUUACCUGGAUCACAUCACAAAGAGUGGAGUUCUAGAUCAUUACACAGAAAAAAGCGGUAUCGCCAAUUGUUCCUUUGGGAAAGGCAUUGUUGUUUGAUUACAGGGUGUUACAUCGUGGUUUGGGCAAUCAACUGGGUUCACCUCGUCCGUGCUAUUAUGCAACAUUCGCCCGUUCUUGGUAUGAGGAUAAGUUUAACUUUAGUUAUAGUCGAUACAAAACAUCUUUGA